GCGAGACUGAGCGAGAAAGCUGGAGAGGAGCAGAAAGAAACUGCCAGUGACGGCUAGAUUCCGAGUCCGCCGCGCCACUGUGCACCGUCUCGGGACUCGACACCCUCGGGAGCCCCGCCGUCCUCUCGGGCCCGGCUUGCGGGUGCUUACGGUCCAGCCCGUGCCGCGGUUCGCUUGGAAACCUCCCUGGGCAGCGGUGGGACGUGGAGACAGCAGCUCUCUCCCGGUAGCGGAUAACGGGGAAUGGAGACCAACUGCCGCAAACUAGUGUCAGCGUGUGUACAAUUAGAGAAAGAUAAAAGCCAACAGGGGAAGAAUGAGGACGUGGGCGCCGAGGACCCUUCCAAGAAAAAGCGGCAACGGCGGCAGCGGACUCACUUCACCAGCCAGCAGCUGCAAGAGCUGGAAGCUACGUUCCAGAGGAACCGCUACCCGGACAUGUCCACGCGCGAAGAAAUCGCAGUGUGGACCAACCUCACAGAGGCCCGAGUCCGGGUUUGGUUCAAGAAUCGCAGGGCCAAAUGGAGAAAGCGAGAGCGCAACCAACAGGCCGAGCUGUGCAAGAAUGGCUUCGGGCCGCAGUUCAAUGGGCUCAUGCAACCCUACGACGACAUGUACCCGGGCUACUCGUACAACAACUGGGCCGCCAAGGGCCUUACAUCGGCCUCCCUGUCCACCAAGAGCUUCCCCUUCUUCAACUCCAUGAACGUCAACCCCUUGUCGUCGCAGAGCAUGUUCUCCCCACCCAAUUCCAUCUCGUCCAUGAGCAUGUCGUCCAGCAUGGUGCCCUCAGCAGUGACCGGCGUCCCGGGCUCCAGCCUCAACAGCCUGAAUAACUUGAACAACCUGAGCAGCCCGUCGCUGAACUCCGCGGUGCCAACCCCCGCCUGCCCUUACGCGCCACCGACGCCUCCAUACGUUUAUCGGGACACGUGUAACUCGAGCCUGGCCAGCCUGAGACUGAAAGCAAAGCAGCACUCCAGCUUUGGCUACGCCAGCGUGCAGAACCCGGCGUCGAACCUGAGCGCUUGCCAGUACGCGGUGGACCGGCCCGUGUGAGCAGCACCCACCGCGCCGGGUUCUAGGACCUGCCGGGUGGGCCCACUCCGACCUUGAGAGACUGGGAACUCUGUGAUGCUAGACAGUCGUGGGCACUAAAGGGAUGGAGAGAGGAGGAGAGAAGAUAGAGGCAAAAAAUAAAUAAAAGAGGAAACCACUGCAUUAAAGAAAGCGCUCCUUUGAUUUCAAAGGCAUUUCCUCAGUGUCUGACAUCUUUCACUAAAGUAUUUCCAAUAGUUGC